UGUUUGAGCGCAGCCACGAUAGCUGCGGCACACGUUUCUUGCCGUUUUGUGUUACCAAAUUACAAGUAUACUUGUUGUGACUGUAUCGAAUCACAAGGAUCGUAUAAAAUGGUGGACAACGAAACAAAGGAAGCCGAAGGUCAGAAUGUUGAGGAUCCAAUGACAAAGGCAAUAGGAGCAAUAGGAAAAUGGCAAAUAUGGAUAUGUUUUGUCGUUUUUCUCGUUAAAUUUCCUGUCGCCUGGCAUCAAAUGAGUAUUAUAUUUCUUGCACCUCCCGUAAACUUCACCUGCUCAAGUAACGAUGAAUUCGACAACAAAUGUUUGUCUAAUUGUACGAAAUACAAAUAUGACCACAGUGUGUUUGGCGAAACAAUUAUAUCACAAUGGGAUCUUAUCUGCGAAAAAGCAUGGCUCAAAAAUCUUACCCAAACUAUAUUCAUGCUUGGUAUUCUUGUGGGAAAUAUGCUCUUUGGACAUCUCUCUGACAGAUUCGGAAGAAGAAUACCUUUUUUGGGAGCGGUAUUUCUUCAGCUCAUAGCAGGAGUUACGACUGCUUAUUCAGUAAAUUGGUAUAUGUUCACUUCUCUACGAUUCCUUCUGGCUGUCGCUACUGGAGGAACAAUGGUCACAAGUUUCGUUCUGAUUAUGGAGUUAAUAGGAACAAAAUACAGGGAUACUAUUGGAAUUCUCUAUCAAAUACCAUUUAAUUUAGGACACUUAACUUUGCCUCUAUUUGGAUACUUUUUACGAAACUGGAACACGUUUCAAUUAGCAAUAUCAUUGCCCUCUAUACUAUUUCUCAGUUAUUACUUUUUGCUUCCUGAAUCUCCAAGAUGGUUAAUGACAGCAGGAAGAGUAGAGGAUACACUUACAAUUUUAAAGAGAAUUGCAAAGAGAAAUGGACGACCAACGGAAAAUAUUGAUUCUUCUAUCCAGAAAAUGGCUGUCGAUAUGAAUAGUGUUCACGAGAAAGCGUCGUUCUUUGCAUUGUUCCAAACACCAAGACUCCGAGUACGCACUCUUGCCAUUUGCUUCAAUUGGUUCGUGUGUGGAUUUUGCUUCUUCGGUGUUUCACAAUACAUUGGACAUGUGUCAGGAAAUAUCUUCUCUAAUGUCACGAUAUCUGCAUCUAUAUUGGUGCCAGGAACAAUUAUUUCAAUAUACGCUAAUCAACUCCUCGGUAGAAAGAUAACUUUAAUGAGUUCCAACUGCGUCACCGGUCUCAGCUGUCUCCUCCUCGCUGUUGUGCCCACAUCCACCGCCAGCCACUUAACGCUUGGUUGCAUCGGUCUAUGGGGAAUGAGUAUAUCCUUCGCAACUGUGUAUCUAUACGCAGGAGAACUGUUUCCUACUGUUGUACGAAACUCUGGAGUUGGACUUUCUUCUACUGUUGCAAGAGUGGGAUCUAUGGUGGCUCCCUUUGUGGCUACAUUAGCUCAUACCAGUGCCUGGUUACCACCUCUCGCUUUUGGUGUCGUACCACUCAUUGGGUCUUGUCUUUGUAUAAUAUUACCAGACACGCGGGGAAAGAAACUACCAGACACAUUAGAAGAAGGUGAAGCUUAAAUUCUACAGGAAAUCUGACUUCUGGAUAAAUAUUUAUUUCAUCAAGUUUUUUAGAACAAAAGUAAAGGAAAAUGGCGACAGUAACGUAAAUUACGUAUGGAAUACGUAUCUAAUACCUAUUUUAAAAGUCGUUUUCGAGUUACCACGAAUAAAUUAAAGAUUACCGCUUGGUAAUGUUAUAAAGUCUAUACAAAUAGGCUGUGAUAAUUAGUUACAAUCAUACACGUAUUAAAUAAAAUAUUUGUUAAGAAAUUAAAA